GAGCAACCCAAUAAGAACCCUCGCAAAUUGGACUUUGGAGAGGAAAGGAAAGAGACCAAAGAGAAGAGAGAGAGAAAGAGAGAGAGAGAUGGCAAUGCCAUGGAACAUGACUCUUUGGAUGGCCGAGAUGGUCUGGUUGGAUCUCACCGGCUGGGUCUCCUCUUGCUUGACUGUCGCUGACGAGCUCGCCACCUCUCUCAGAACAGGAGAUAUCGGCCCUUUCGAUGUCGGCUGAUAUUCCCCGAUCACUCUCUUCCUUAUGUAAGUUGGUUUGAUUUCUCUUGGAUUUUGUGUUGGGUAUUUCAUUUGUUAUUAGAGAAUUGUAAAGCAAUAGGCAUGCGAGGCUUAUCCACCAAAUUACAGUCCUUGUGUUGGAGCUCAACCUCUAAAACCCUUCAUUUCCGAUUCUCAAAAUUUCAUAAGAUUGAUAACACUGCGACGCUCGCUAAGCUAUCUAAGCCCAACAAAGCCCACUUGAAACAACAACAAGAAGAAUCCAGCUCUUUUGGAUCGCUGUUCAGUGAAAUAACUGAGAUUUUAGGGGCUGAACAUGUCACUCUGGAUAAAACCCCAUCUGGGUUUUUUAUUUCCAAGGAAACCCAUCUUGGGGUUGGUGAGGUUGGGGAAGAGAAUGCUAAGGUGAAUGCACUGGGAGAAAAGGAAGAUAUAGCUGUUGUGGAGGAAACCAGAUUCGAAAGCGUAGCUGAAACUGAUGUUAGCCCAGUAGUUUGUGAGGUUACGAAGAUUGUCAGGGCGGAAAAUGGUUUGGUUUCGAUGGAGGAAACGGUUAGACGAGUUGGGUUUUCAAUUAGAUUCAGAGAUUGUUGACAAAGUUCUGAAGAGGUGCUUUAAAGUGCCACAUUUGGCUUUUAGGUUCUUUGAUUGGGUGAAGCUGAAAGAAGGGUUCUGCCACACGACUAAGACAUAAUACUGUGCUGUGUGCCUGUGUACGUAUAGCUGGGGAUGCAAGAGAGUUUGGGCUGGUGGAGAAGUUGGUGGGGAACUGGUGCGAGAAAGAUGUUAAGACCCGGACCAUUCUUAUCCAGAUGUAUGGGAAGGCCAAGUUAGUUGGAAGAGCCUUGUUAGUCUAUGAGAAAAUCAAGAAAUGCAGUUUUGAACCACACACAGUAGUUUUCAGAAUGAUGACACGUGCACUUUGUGCUGCUGGAAAAGCCGACGUGGCAAUGGAAUUUUACAAGGAAAUGGUACAGAAGGACAUUGGACUUGAUAUCACUGUAUAAGCUGUAAUUGAACGGCAUAGACUCACCAGUUGGUGUAUGAUGGACCAGUUGCAAUGCAAAUCGACUCACCAUCCCAAAGAACUCAAAUGGUGUUGUAGAAGAACCCUGAUUUGGUUGGCUUUGCUUUGAUUUAAAGGAAACUUGGCAAUAGAGCGGAAUUCAAAUGUGUGGAAUGUAAUUUAUGAUUUUCGAGAUUAAUAGCAAUGAUUGAUGACAUUUGAAAGUG